AGAAGUUCUUUCCUGCUGUAUCUGUAUCUAACAUGUUCACUUUUUGGGCAGUCGGAGGUCUCUGUCAAUCACUGUUGGAAUUCUUGGAUUCAAGGGCUUGAUAGGAUUUGUUUUCUAUUUCCUUAUCAUGGCUGUAACUUCUGUUGAACCCACAGCCGAAGCAACGUGUUCCAUUCACUCCUACUUUGACUCAGGGAACUGAGUCGUGGUUUGAAGGCCCUCUUUUGGUGUGCUUCUCUUAUUUGCCACUUUACAUCUUUCAGCUUCUUCUUUUUUUCCUUAAUGAGGUCUUAGGAGAGAAUUUUGCUGAUCUUCGUUUAUCCCAUGGAUAAGGCUUUGACCUCUAGUUUUUAUGGAUUAGUCACGGUAAUGUCUGCAUGGUGCGUAAUUAGCCGAGUUAAGAAAUUCCUGCAGUAUUAAAUCGAUAUCCGUACAGACCUAGCAACAAACUUCUAUGUCGGUAGGAAAGUAACUUUGCCCAUUUUUCAGCUUUUACCUUACAUCUCUAUUAAUGACCAACAGCUGGUUCUGGUUUUGUGACUUCAGGAGCUCAACAGCACUUUUAUGUUCUUCUGUGCCAUCUUUCUUGCUCUUCUGGACAUAUUUUUCCACACAUUAGAAAUAUGGUUUCUUAUUUAUUUACCAGUUAUAGAUAGUUGGAAUACUACUCAAAUAUAAAAUCCUGUUUGCUCAUGUUUCAGCUUUUGAUUAGCCAUACACUGUCUUCUAGCCGGCCCUCCCAUUUUGUUGAACUUCAUGCUUGCUAAGUCCGAUGUGUUGUAGCAAGUACAGAGUGUGAUAUACGAGCGAUGCUUACUGUGGGUUUUUUUUUUAUAUAAUCUGAAUCAUGUUUUUUGUUGUUUCUACAGGAGGUAUGACUCUUCAAAUUCACAAGUUCGUAGGCGGAUUGGCUUUCUACCCAGCUAAAAUAAUAAGAGACUGCUGCACAACAUAAUAACUGCAGCAGUUCUUUCCAGUGUUCUGUGCUCUCCGGCUUUUAUAAUGGAUACUUCCGUAGUUGAUGGUAAGAAAUGGCUAUCGUUGAUGAGUAUGUUUUUGUCCUUGGGGUACACUGACUGCUAGUUCUGGUUUCUUUGCUUCAAGUGCUGAGAAUCUGAGCUGGUAAAAAGAAUGAGGAUCCCUGACGCCGAGUCAGUCAGGCUGCUGCUUGAACGAUUUCAUAGCUUCAUACAGUUAUCAAAGUGACUAAUAUGAGAAAAUGAUAGGAAAUUUUUUAUUUCACAACCAAUUGAGUGUCUUUUAACUUUUUGUUUAUGUUAUACCUUUGCUUGGUUCAAAUGGAUAGGAAAAAAUUAAGCCAGUAACCUGAUCCAUGAGGCGGUGGGUGCCUAACCAGUAAGCUAUUUCUGCAGGUUCAAUUGGUUAAAUCAGUUUGGUAGACAGAAAACUAGUUAAUUUCAUUCGGUAAAAAUGGAUUGUAAAUGGCAAGAACUUGUGAAUUUGAGAGUUUGGGUUAUUAUGUUGUGCAGCAGAGGGAUUGUAAAUCGUAAGAAAGGAAAGAGCGAAGAGGAAACUAGAAAGGAAAGAGCAAAGAGGAAACUAAAAAGGCAAGUGGUGAGUGAAAUUCCCACCAUCUCUGCAAUCUCUCUCCUCUUGAGAGAGUGCAUCUUUGGGGAGUGGUGAUUACUGAGUAGUGACGGAAACCAAUGAGUGAAAAAAGCAGGCCUAGAGAAUCUGAAAGGCUAAACGUCGCCCUAGUUUUUAUUAUUUAUCGCCCUAAUUUAAACAUGAAAGUACGUAACUGUCCAACAAAAUAAAUGAAAAUCAAAGCGGAUUUUAAAGAGCAACUCCUUUGCCGGGAGACACCUAAUCUGGCGACGAUGUUCUCCUCUGCAAUCACCCAUUCCCACCGUCGGCAUCCUAUCUUCCUUACGACUGCACAUAUUCCGUCUUAACUCUCAACAACCGAUUUCAGCUUAAUUUCAGGGACUCUCCUUCCCCAUCGGUUCCCACCCUUCUCUCUCUACCUCCCUCCGACCUACAUGUUUUCAGGUCAUUCACUUUCGUCCACUUUCUUACAGAAAAAUUCAAUUAUGCUUGGUGACAUUUGCCAUUUGCCAACAUUAAUUGAGCUGGGGAUUCAUAAUUCAAUUGGGUAGAUUCUCAAUUUGUUCCCUCGUCGAUCAUGAAUUGUCGAUGGUGAAUUUUGUUCUUUCGUGAAAGAAAAAUGGUUUAUUUAUAUUGUCUCGCCGCCUCCAUCCGAAUACGAUGGUAGGGUUUUACCUGAUUUGUCAGUGGCCAGAGUAGUAUGGUGGAGAGGAUAUCGACGGGCAGUGGUGGCGACGGGUAGCGGCGGUGCGCAGUUAAGGUCAACCGGUUAAUUUCUUUUGGAUAGAAUGUGUUUAUUUGGAUUAAAACAACCGUAAAAAGAGAAGGAUACAUAUGGAAUUUUUAACUUGAUAAUUAGGGCGAUUAUAGAAAAGUAGGGCGACAAUUAGACCACCCACAGCAAGCAUUGAAACAAAAAGGGGGAAAAGGAAAAAAAAAGAGGGGAAAGCCUACAAUAAGAGAGGAUAAAAAAGCUAAAAAGGAAAAGAAGACUAUUGGGGGAGGGUUUACCCUUCUGAAAAAGACAAAAGAAGGAGGAAAAAGUGGGUUGCUGGUGGAAGAAGAUGAUUGGACCACGCGGCUAGUGUCCUCUUUUUUUUUUUUCCCCCACCAUUUUGAAGAAAAAAAGCUCUCCCCAUUGCCCCUUUUUUCCCUCCCACCCAUUGUGACCAAUUCCUCUCCUCCACCCUUUUUCCCCUUUUUUCCCACCCUUUUCAACCUUUUUUCCCUUCCAUCUUUGUGGAUGGUCUUAGUAGCCCUCCUAGACAAUUGAGCCAGUUAGAUAAAAUGAGUGGCCAGAAACUAAAGAACUACGUGGCAUCCAACACGCCAAGUAUACCACAAAAGUAUCUAAUCUAUGCUUCUCUAUCUAUGAUUCCCUCUCAAGUAUCAUUGGGAACACCAGGAGACAACGCGCUGACCAAUGCAACCUCUCCAGGGCCACAAAAAUGCACCUUGACCUGCCAAUCAGAGGUUCCAUCAUGGUCCAAACAGAACCAGAGCGUUAGAAACCGACCAGAGCCCACCAUACACCCGCCCACCCCUGAGCAUCAUCUGAGUUGAAAUAGUAUUUAUGAGUCUGCGUGUACAGUGAAGUGUCUCUCGGUGCACAGUAAUCGCCUAUGCUGGGGGUUUUGUGUUUUCAAUAUGCAAGUAGGGAUGACAAAAAUAUUUGUAACCGUAGAUAUCCACCCAAAUCCGACCUAAUCGGGUAGGGUAAAACCCGAAGCCGAAGGACUUCUUCUGGGUACGGGUAAAACAUGAACCCGAAUAUCGCGGGUAAUGGGUGGGCACAGUUUUCUCACUAUUCAACCCGAACCCGCCCGAUUAUACACAUGCAAAUGUAUUUGUAUAUAAAUCAUCAUGAUUUUUCUCUAACAUAUUUUAUAUUUAGCAUAUAAAUAUAAUGUUUUCAUGAAAUUGUGUUGUUUUAAUCAAUUUUCCUCAUUCUAGUAAAUUAUUGUCGUACUUUUCCUCUUAUGUAAUGUGAGAAUUGUGUCAAUGUUAACAUAUUGGUUGGAAUUAUAAAGAGGAAUUAUUACCCAUGGAUAAGCGUGGAUACCCGAAACCCGAAUGGGUAUGGUUUUGAUUUUCUACCCAUUUUUUAUGUGGGUAUGGGUAUGGAUAAAACCCGAAGCACUUUGGGUAUGGUAACGGAUAUGCACUAUCCGUGCCUGACCCGACCCGACCCAUUGCCAUGCCUAUAUGCAAGCUUUUCAAUUCGGUUUAGCCAAUUGGUUCGGCCGAUCAAGUGGAUUUAUGGUUAAUGGUUCGAUCAUUUAGUCCGAAUGUAUGAAAAUCACUAUAUAUUUUUCAUACAUUUAUAAAUUAUAUUAAAUCUCAUUUAACAUUUAGUAACAUAUCACUUUCUAACAUAUUAAAAUGUUCCACUUAGAAUUAGCAAGAUAGGGUUAGGCAAAGAUGACGUUAUAUGACCUCCAACCCAGUGAGAAAAAUGGGCGCCACACACAAACGAUGUGGUUCUUGUUGCCAUGUCCCUCAUUCUACACACAAACGAUGCAGAUCUUGUUACCCAAUUAUGUGUCAUUAAUCCAAUAUUUUUUAUGAUUUUUUUCUUUCUUAUUUUCCAUAAUACGACUUCAUUCACGGAUUCCCAUGCAUCUCACCGCAUCCAAAAUUUCAUGGUUAUAGUUUGGAUUCUAAGGCCUUCCGCAGGGCAAGACCCACCGAGAACCGGAAUCAAAUCGGAAGGACGGGGGUACUGUUAUUUCAGCAGUUGUGGAUCUCCUCGCUCAUCGAAAUCAUUGUCGUCCGAUUGCCGUAGGUUGCGUUGCUCACUUGGUCUAUUGGUAGAGGUUGUGAAUGACGUCGUAUUAUGGGAGCAAAAAAAGGAAACGAUGGCGGAUAACAUAGAGAAGUAGUCAAACUUGGCAAAUUAUGACUCGACUCGUUGAUCGCUCAAAAAUAUAAGCUUUUAUAACCCAAAAUCCGAAUAAAACGAACCUGAUUUACCUGUGAUUUUUCGGGUCAGGUUGGGUGGGUUAGCGGGUCGACACUUUAGACCCGUUCCAUUUCAUAUGUCACUCCCAAAAUUAUAAAAUCACUCAUAAAUUAAUGAAAUGUUUAAAAAAUUUCACAACGAUUUGAAAGACCCAACCCGCAACUCGAAAUAACCCAACCCGACUCGGUUUCCAAGUCUAGAAUUAGUAAUAGUGGUUCUCAAAACUGGUCAGGAGUCCAACAUACGGAUAUUAUUAGCCCAAUAAAAUAGGUCCGAGAGA